AUUAUAAUCAGGUAAUUGCCGCUGUGGGCCGAGUAUCUGCUCUGCGGCGUAUCGGCUGAUGUGGCACCGUUUCAGGCUGUAUUACAGAAGUAUAACCGCGAACAAGACGCCUGGAGAUAAAUUAUAACAGGCUACUGCGGACAUUCACCUUAUUAUUGCGCCACUUCAACUUUAACUGUCAGACUCUGCUGUCAUGAAUCCCGCAACCAGCAGACACGAUACAAACACGCCAGAGCACUACAUCUCCCAGUCAUCUUCAUCAGCAACAGGAAGAAGUGGAGGAGGCGGAGGUGUGUAUCUAAAUGCCUAUGAGGUUUCUUUUCCCCUUGAAGAGAGUGUGGAGCGCCCACCUGCCUACCACCUAAACCAUGAGCAACAGAUGAUUGAAGAGCCAGGGAUACAGGAGCCUCUUCAUUCCCAGUACAGCCCUUUCAUCCUGAUUUCUAACCUGCGGGCUCAUCUCUACGUCUCUUUGGAGAAGAAUGCCUGGCUACAGAAACGCAUUGAGGAGCUGGAAGAGGAGCGAAAUUUCCUGCGCUGUCAGCUGGACCGCUUCAUCGUGAGCAUGAGGAGUACAGAUGUGACAGAUUGGUGUGGAGACGCCCAGCGCACUGUGAAGGUCCAGCCUCCCAGCUCUCCACCUCCUCCUUCCCCAAUGACCACCAGGUCUGGAAUGACGCUGAAACGCCUCCAGGGCCCAGGAGCUCGGAGCCGCCGUAACAUUGCUGUACCCGUCAAGCAGGAGUUUCAUCUGGAAGAAGACAAAUAUUACACAGAGGAAGAGUUUGUUGAGGAAGAGGAGGACGAAGAGCUGGAGGAUGAUGAAGACUCAGCUGUGGCGAAUGGUUCAAAGAAGAAGGCCCGAGGGCGUGGCAGUGGAGAGCCACGGAUGAAGAUGAGGAGGAUUUUCAGGAUCACGCAUGGGAGGGAGAGACAAAGAGUUAAAGACCCAGACGGGGUGUUGAUCCGUUAUAAGAAGAUCUUGUCCACCUACCAGCGGGUGAGGAGCAUGUCCCGAGCCUUCCAGAUCCACGGAGUCGACCGAAACACAAUGGCCUCCACCUCCCCGAUUGCGGAGCUCCUGCUUGUGGCCCCAGAAAAGGUGAUUGAGGUAGGAGAGUUUGAGGCCUCCAAGGAGAAGCUUCUGGACUACGCCCGUCGAUGCUACAAGACCAUGGAUGAGGAGACGCACACCAAAGUCCAGAGCAUGAAGAAGACCAACAAGCUGCUUCCAAUCUCCUACAGGUUUAGGAACUGAGAAAAAGGAAGCCCAAGAAGGACAGUCCUGUUGAAAAUAUAAAUUCUCCUUUGCCUUAAAAAAAAGUUACUCAAAUGGUUCAGUAUUGUUGCUACAAGCUAAAACACAAGAUUAAGUCUAAAUAUAACAGAUCUAUAUGAUAAAGUUUUUUUUUUUACAUGUUGAGUAGCUUUUACUUACUCUCUCUUUUGCCUUCCUCAAUUUAGUUUUGUAACACAGUUGCCUUCAGUGUCUAAGUUGUUUUGUUUUUGCUUUUGUUUGUACAUUACCUAAAGAUCUGUAUUACUUUGUUUCAAAGAUUGCCCCUGAAAAAAAAAGUUUUCUUAAAGGGGAUUUUUUUUACUCAACACAGAGAUAAUUUGGACUUUGUGGUUUAGUGUUUUGCACAGAAAAAUAAAUGCUGAAGUUGCAUAGUUUGUUUUCUUGUCAUAAUUUAAAACAAGUUUAUUUGUCACUGUUUUGCAUAUAUCAGCUUGAAAGUUGAAGUAAUUCCCUAAGAAAUAUUGAUGUUGCUGCAAUUUGUAGAAUCUUGUUACCAAUCUUGUUACACUGUUAUAUGGUGUUAUAAAAUAAAAUAGGUGCAGUA